AUGGCUCUUGGCUUUGGUACCCCAUUACUCUGUAUCGCCGGCCCUCCUUUCUCCACUGACACCCUCGGGGUCUGCUCUCUCCCAGUGAAGAGAGAGAGUCGUGUCCUUUCCCGGGGGAUCUUCCAUUCACUGAUUGCAUUCCCGUCCACCGUACCACGGUUCCAACGAGCGGCACUCCUCAAUGUAAACCUGGAAAUGGGGUUCCCUCACGCUUCUUCACGCGAUAGUCUGGUGGAGUUUUCCGAAACAACUCCUCAUAGCGUCUGUCUGUUGGAGACGUCCGACGGCAUUCCAAAUCCCCUGCCCAGGUCUACACCAGCCUAUUGCGACGGACUACACCAAGCCUGCACCAAGAAAAGAAGCAGUCCAGAAUUGGGUCUGACAGCCGUCACAUCCUGGUCGCUGGGAUCUCCCAGUGACCCAGGCGUAUGGGCCCUUCGUCGGCUGUGGAUGAUCCCAACUCUGUGCGAGUUUUGA